AUGCGCCGGUUUACAAUCCUAAUCCGCUACGACUCCGUAGAAAUCUAUCAGCAAUACGGAAGCAUCAUUGAGCAAAUGACCAAAGACAAAUUCGCAGAAAAGGGGGCCACGGAACAGACGUUAUUCAUCUCCAUGAGGAGCAUGCCUCCUAUACAUACUACUUCAUUCGUCGCCCCGGAGAAUGUUUCCGUUGAUGACCUGAAGGGGGUUCAAUUUCCUGAAGGUAUACACGUCGAUAUUCACCAAGAGGCAUGA